AUGAUUCAUAGUUUAUUCUGGGCGUACCUACAACAGUGGUCAGGGAACAGCGGUAAUUUAACCCAAUUGGAAACCUAUGAACAUAUACAUACUAGCAAUGUUUUCCCCAUUUACAAAGAGAGCACUAGAUCAGAGGCACUGAGAGCCGUGCAGGCCGUCAUAUCAUCACAGCCCCAGCACGUAUGUCCCGUGCUGCUCCUGCUCAACAGCAUGAGCCAAGUCACCCUCGAGACACUGAAGGAGAUGGAGUGGGCGCUGGCCGGGCAGGGCGUCAUUCUCUACCAGGUGGAAGUUGACAGCGUGACCAACACAGCAAUGCUGACUCACCUGGGCGAGGCGAUCGACAAGAUUCAUCAGCUAGGUCAACUAUCGCACUGCCUGGUGGUGGUGGUGGUGAGUGAUGACCAGACCUUCCUCGUCACUUUCGCUGAUCUAUCGUUCAAGCAAUACGCCCUCGAGUGGUCCACAAGGAGCAUUAUCCUCACUCGCCUCCCUCGCAAUGAGCUUGGCGGCUUGCAUGCCCUGCUCUCCAACAGGAACACCAUGCUGCUGCGACCUCUUGAGGACAGGGGGAUACUCAGGGAAGUUGGCGUGUAUGUGGAGUCGCCGUACAGCGAGCCCUCCACUGCCAGGCCCAGGAGGGUCGCCACCUGGAGGCCCAACACCACUUGGACACCAGAGUCUUCCCCGCAAUUCUUCCCGGAGAAGUUUAUGGUGUUCUCUCCAGCGCCAAUCCUGAAGGUGGCCAUCGAGCUGCUGCCCUACCACAGGAUGUCCUGGGUGGAUGACCCGAGUGUUCCCGAGGGGCGCCGUCUUCACGUGACAGGAAGCAUGGACGAAACCGUGAAGUACUUGGCCCAGGCAAUGAACUUCACGUACCGGUACGUGUUGUCCCCGGAGAGGACCUUUGGCUCCCGGCUGCCUAAUGGGUCCUGGACGGGCAUGAUGGGCAUGGUGGUGCGGGAGGAGGCCCAGUUCGCCACGGGGCCCUUCUCGCUCUCACCGGUGCGGGUAUCAGCCGCCGACUACACCGUGCCCUUUUGGACUGGAAGCCUCAAGAUAGUGGGUGGGCUUGGCGGGGUAAGGAUAGACCAGUGGGGCUUCCUGCUGCCUCUCACGUUCCUGGUGUGGGUGUGCACUUUGGCGGCGCUCCUCGGUGUGCUCGUCCUCUUACUGAUCCCCUUCUACCUGCCGGACACCAAACUGGGCCGCGGCGGCUGGUCGGCAGACACUCUGAACUGUGUCCGCGUUCUCCUGCAGCAAGGUGAGGCUUCGAGAACCACAAUGAAACCCUUCGUGUUUUCCGUGACUGGCAGUCGUGCUACAGUAAUGCCUAGGUAA